AGCCCCUCGGUGUCUCUCUGUCCCGGUUGUUGCCAUUCCGACGCACAUCCCUCGCAGAAGAGCAACAGCUACGCGGAGUUGCCCAAAGUGGACUACCACAGAUUCCUCUGCGGACAGAAGGCGACCUGAUUCCCGGCUUUCAUAUCCUCUGCUCGGGGAGACCAGCAGCCGUGGGAUGCGCCUGGACAGAGGUUCGGUGAGGUUAAGUCGGAUAAAGAAAUGAGACUGGAAGGGUUGCAGACUGUAAGCAUCGCGUUCACAACUCCGGAGGAAUAACGGGACCCUGAAUGAAUGUGAAAUAAAGCGUUCGGUUAUUUUGUUUUAUUUAUUUUUUUAUACGGGGCGUAAAAGACCCAUCCCCACAUCUGAAGACAUGAGAAUUGGGAGAGGAACAAAAAGCUCGGCUGCGGUGCUCUGUGUUUGAGGCUCCAUCCAUUCGAAGGGUCCAGUCUGCACACCUUUAUUCAUGUUGCAGAAGCCUGUUUUAUGACAAUGGAUUACUUGCUGUGGGUGUGCAGCCUCGUUGUCCCCGUGGUGCUGGCUGUAGAAGAAACCCUUAUGGACAGUCGGUGGGCAACAACAGAGCUGGCAUGGACUACGUUCCCAGAGAGCGGGUGGGAGGAAGUGAGCGGCUACGACGACUCCAUGAGCCCCAUCAGAACCUACCAAGUGUGUAAUGUCCGCCAGCCCAGCCAGAACAACUGGCUGAGGACGGACUUUAUCCCCCGCAAGGGCGUGCUGCGCGUCUACGUGGAGCUCAAGUUCUCCGUGAGGGACUGCGCCAGCAUCCCAAACAUCCCCGGCUCCUGCAAGGAGACCUUCAACCUGUUCUACUACGAGUCCGAGGGGGACGCAGCCACCGACAGCAGCCCCCUGUGGAGGGAGAACCCCUACGUGAAGGUGGAUACCAUCGCCCCGGAUGAGAGUUUCUCCCUCCUGGAGGCGGGUCGGAUCAACACUAAAGUGCGCAGCUUCGGCCCCCUCUCCAGGGCCGGCUUCUACCUGGCCUUCCAGGACCUUGGCGCCUGCAUGUCGCUCAUCUCCGUCAGGGUUUUCUUCAAGAAGUGCUCCACCACAAUUGCCAAUUUUGCCGUCUUCCCCGAGACCGCCACGGGGGCAGAAGCCACCUCCUUAGUGAUCGCCCCAGGGGCCUGCGUCAACAACGCCAUGGAGGUGUCCGUCCCCCUGAAGCUAUACUGCAACGGGGACGGAGAGUGGAUGGUCCCCGUGGGCUCCUGCACCUGCGUGGCCGGAUACGAACCAUCCUCGGACGGAACCCAGUGCCAGGCUUGCAUCCCUGGGACCUUCAAAUCCAAAUUUGGGGAGGGAUUCUGCACCCCCUGCCCAUCCAACAGUCGCACCAGUGCACGAGGAGCCAAUAUUUGCCCCUGCCAAAGUGGCUUCUACCGCGCUGACAGCGACCCCCCCGACUCCGCAUGCACCACGAUCCCCAAGGCGCCUCGCAACGUUAUAUCCAGCGUGAAUGAGACCUCGUUGUCCUUGGAGUGGGAGGAACCUGAGGACACGGGCGGGAGGAGUGACCUGGUCUAUAACGUGGUCUGCAAGAAGUGCCUGAGGGACCGCAGCCCCUGCACGCGCUGCGACGACAACGUGGACAUCGCCCCCCGCCGGCUGGGGCUCAGGCAGAGGAAGGUGGUGGUGAGGAACCUGCAGGCCCACACCCGCUACAGCUUCGAGGUGCAGGCUGUCAACGGGGUCUCUGGGAAGAACCCCAUCCCACCCGUCUACUCCACGGUCAACAUCACCACCAACCAAGCGGCACCUUCAGCAGUCCCCACCGUCCAUCUGAUGCGCUCCACCUCGGACACUCUCAGCCUUUCGUGGCUGCCCCCUGAGAAACCCAACGGAGUCAUCCUCGACUACGAGAUUAAAUACCAUGAAAGGGGCCAGGCGAUGUCCCACACUGUAACAUCCCAGCACAGCUCUGCCAAGGUGGAGGGGCUGAGGGCCGGCUCGCCCUACGUGGUGCAGGUCAGAGCUCGCACUGUUGCCGGAUACGGACGCUACAGCAACCCCAUGGACUUCAGCACGAGCCUUCACAGCGACCCUCAGAAGUCGGUGCAGGACCAGCUGCCUCUCAUCGUCGGCUCGGCCUCCGCGGGUCUGGUGGUCAUUGUUGCGUUGGUGGUCAUUGCUGUGGUCUGCCUUAAGAAGCAGCGCAGCGGCUCGGAGCUGGAGUACACGGAGAAACUGCAGCAAUACAUUUCUCCGGGUGUCAAAGUCUACAUCGACCCGUUCACCUACGAGGACCCCAACGACGCCAUCCACGAGUUCGCCAAAGAGAUAGACAUCUCCUGCGUGAAAAUAGAAGAAGUCAUCGGUGCAGGUGAAUUUGGCGAGGUGUGUCGCGGACGUCUGAAGCAGGCGGGUCGCAGGGAGAUGGUGGUGGCCAUUAAGACGCUGAAAGCUGGCUACACCGAGCGGCAGAGGCGGGACUUCCUGGGCGAGGCCUCCAUCAUGGGCCAAUUCGACCACCCCAACGUGAUCCGGCUGGAGGGGGUCCUGACACGGAGCUGCCCCGUCCUCAUCAUCACAGAGUUCAUGGAGAACGGAGCGCUCGACUCCUUCCUCAGGCUGAACGACGGGCGCUUCACCAUGACGCAGCUGGUGGGGAUGCUGCGUGGCAUCGCCGCGGGGAUGAAGUACCUGUCGGACAUGAACUACGUGCACCGAGACCUGGCCGCCCGCAACAUCCUGGUCAACAGCAACCUGGUCUGCAAGGUUUCCGACUUCGGGCUGUCCCGCUUCCUGGACGACACGUCAGCUGACGCCACUUACACCAGCUCCCUGGGAGGGAAGAUUCCUAUCCGGUGGACGGCGCCAGAGGCCAUCGCCUUCAGGAAGUUCACCUCCGCCAGUGACGUGUGGAGUUACGGCAUCGUCAUGUGGGAGGUGGUGUCCUAUGGGGAGCGGCCAUACUGGGACAUGAGCAACCAGGAUGUGAUGACGGCAGUAGAGCAGGACUACCGGCUGCCCCCCCCCAUGGACUGCCCCAUGGUGCUGCACCAGCUGAUGCUCGAGUGCUGGAUGAAGGAGAGGAACCUGCGGCCCAAGUUCUCCCGCAUCGUCAGCACCCUGGACAAGCUGCUCCGCAACGCCGCCAGCCUCAAGGUGGUGACCAGCACCUACUCAGGGGACCUGCUGCGGCUCGGAGGCACUCUGCCGGGACACAACAGGAAGAGUCCGGACAGCAGUCAGGAAAUCGUUCGGCAACAGAUGAGCCAAACUCUCCCCAUCCGAGUGUGAUCUGCUGCGAGAAGGAAACAGAAAACUACCUAAAACUCUAUCCUGAUGUAAAAUAAAGAGAAGAUAAAAGAAGGGGGACCGUUUUGGAGAUGUCUUCUCAGCUGGAGAUUUCAAGUCUGUUUAAAGAGAACUGUCCAUCGCAGUGUGUGUGUUCAUUACUUGACACUUUGUUGACAUAAAGCCAAACUUCCGAUUGCCCCUUCUCAGGUUGUGUUUGCAUGUCUGCAUGAGUUUUUAUGCUGGUUGGGAAUCAGUCUUUCCUCCCCCCCCCCCCCCCCUCACAUCUGAGGAGAUACAACAGUGCCAAGAAGAAACAAAUGUUGUCUUAAAAGGAACUUUUAAGACAGCUCAACAUCUGUAGACCUUCAAUCCAAUCAACCUUUUUCUUUUUUAAACCCAACCUGUUCUUUUUUUUUGUUUUGUUUUAUUUCAGGAUAAAAGCGUUUCAUCUGCUUCCUCUCAAAUACUGUCUUCCACAUGUACCCGGGAGAUUUACAAAUCUGUACAAAGCAUCCAAGUCUUCACACCGUCCUUCUGCGCGGGGACAUAACUGACACUGUGCGGGACACGUUCAUGUGCAUGCCAAAGUGGAAUCUUCUUUGUGAGAAAAGUACAAACAAGUUCCACAUUAACCGUUUGCUUUGGUGGCAUCUUUGCUGUACGGCCUUUAACGUCCGCGUUUUUCCUAAUCUCAUUUGGUUCAUAUACGCAUUGUUUUGAAUGCUAAGUUAUUAUCGCAAAGAGUUGUUUUUGUGUGUUUCUUUCUUAUUACGAGAACCGGGGCUUAACUUUUUUAUUACAAUGCUUGUUUUUUUCAACCAGACAGACUGAAUGAGUGAAUAUGUUCUGCUCGGACGGAAUACUUCUAAAUGAAAAGCGCCUGUGGUCGUGACGUGUUGUACAUUUUACUUUGGCGAUUUGUUGCAGAUCAGUGGGAAUUACAAAGGUCGUCAUCCAGAUGAUAGCUUGGUGACCUUAAUGUUGACCUGACCUAAAACACCCAUGUAGAAAGAAUCAUUCAUUGGUUUAUUUCUCCUGACAUGUGUUUUCUGCAGCGUGCCAGCUGUCAGCGCAGUUCCUAUCUAAAUCAACUGCCUGUAUAUAAUACUAUAUUUCUAUUAGACCAGUCAGCUCAGCAUUUACAACCAUCUGGCCUGAUUCUGGCCUCUCUAUGACCCUCCUUUAUAUGCCUGUUUGUUUAUUGUCGAGGAGCAAGCACAUGGAGGAACUGCAGUCUAAAUGGUCAUUACAUAUCUGAAACUAUAUGUCCCAACGAAAGAAGAACAAUGUGUGUCUGUUAGGGCAGACCUUUUCCUGUGUAAUUAAAAGGUGUAUUUCAUUGUAAAAAGAAAAAAAAAUGGCAGAAAACUAGAACGAAAAAUAAGCAUUUCUCUUUCAGUAUUUUUACGAUAAUCAUAUGCAAAUAAAUUAUUAAACGGA